UUCGCUCUCGCCUGGAACUGGCGCCUCGCCGGGGCUUGACAUGGACCCCAACUGCUCCUGCACCAUUGGUGGCUCCUGCGCCUGCCCUGGCUCCUGCAAGUUCAAAGAGUGCAAAUGCACAUCCUGCAAGAAGAGUGGCUGCCGCUCCUGCUGCCCCGUGGGCUGUGCCAAGUGUGCCCAGGGCUGUGUCUGCAAAGAGGCCUCGGACAAGUGCAGCUGCUGUGCCUGAUGUCGGGAGACCCUGAUCCCAGGUAGAGGUGGAGCAACAUAUAUAAACCUGGAUUUUUUUUAUACA